AUGGCGUCCUCGCAAUCGUCGACGGAGGUGCCACAUCUGGUAGCGCUGAUCAAGACCCUCACCAACCCGCAAUUGAAAGAUCUUUUGCGAAAUGAAGGUCUUGCCGUAUCUGGCGUGAAAGCAUCGCUACAGAUCCGAAUUAUUGACUAUCUCGAACGACUUGCCACUUCAGAAGGGAACGGCGCGCGAUACGAUGCGCUCAAGCGCCGUGUUUAUCAAUCGGCAAUACCCGGGGCUAUGUCAUUUCAGUCAAAUAACAACUUCCAACCCUCGCUUCCUUCACAACCAACACCACCCCACUCACGAGCUGCACCUCCCAGCGCCUCGAUGACCCCGAGCGCCCCGCCACACGGCCAAAUUAUGUUCAAGGAGAGCCCUUUCUUCACCAUUAUAACAAAUCUUACACCGGUGGUGGAAUGCAAAGUCCGCGAACAAACAAGAGAUAGCGUAGAGCUGAAAGUCAUGCUCUCCACAUCUACCGCAUCAGAUCUGCAGGCAGAUCCAACUCUCCGAGUGAUGGUCUACUGUGCAGCCGACUCAGGGCUGAAGUCAUAUACCAAGUCCGAUAUCGCAUUUCCACACCAAGUGGAGCUGAAGGCGAACCUGGAUGAAGUCAAGGCAAAUCUUCGAGGGUUGAAGAAUAGACCUGGAACGACUCAGCCGGCAGAUGUCACGAAUUACAUUCGCAAGAAACCGAAUUAUACAAACAAUAUUGUUAUGACUUACGCAUUGACGCAAAAGAAAUUCUUCGCGCUCAUCAAUCUCGUCCAGUUACAUCCUGUUGAUGAGCUUGUCAGCCAACUGCAAACGCGAAAGCUCAUCUCUAAGGAACAGGUUAUUCGAGAAAUGAAAAACCGUGCCCAGGAUUCAGACAUCGUUGCAACGUCCAGCGUCAUGUCAUUGAAAUGCCCAUUAUCGACUCUCCGGAUCCAAGUCCCUUGUCGAUCGAUUGUCUGCACGCACAACCAGUGCUUUGAUGCAUCGUCGUUCUUAGAGUUGCAGAAACAAGCCCCGACAUGGACAUGCCCAGUUUGCUCCAAGUCCACAAGCUUCGAAUCCCUCCAGGUCGACCAGUAUGUCGAUGAAAUCUUACAAUCAACCUCUACAGAUGUGGAUCAGGUUGUCGUUGAGCCAAGUGGAGACUGGACCAACCCGACCGACUCAGAUAUCACUAACCCGGGCGGGGCGACACCAGCAUCAGACGACGACGAUGAUGACUUGAUCGAAAUCAGCCAGCCCGGCUUCCCCACACCUACUGUUAAGCAGGAACCCAUAUCCUCCUCGACGAUUCUGUUGGAGCGAACGCCCGCGCAGUCUCAAUCCAGAGAAACGUCGACGCCGUCUUCUGCGAUUCGUCAAUCGAGUAAAAAGCGUCCUGCUUCUGCUAUUAUUGACUUGACAGCAAGCGAUGAUGAAGAUGACGAGUCUCCCAUGCCCCCUAUUAAACGACCAGCUUUGAAUUUCGCCGUGAGAGGACUACCGCCUCCAGAUCAGCCUAGGUCCUAUCCACCGCAAUAUUAG